CAGCCAUGGCUACCAGUUUCCCGAUUCUUCGCCUCCCUAACAAGAUAAUUAGGAAUGUUGUUGAAAAUCUGUCAUUUUACAAUCAAUUAACCUUCUCGUUAUGCUCCAAAGCAACAAAGUCUUGCGUGACGCCUCUCAGGCAUAAAAUUCGGAAAAUCAAUAUUACUGUCGACCACCCACUUAAAAUACAUAUAUUCUCAUCCAACAGUGUAAUGACUUAUUUGAGUUUUUACAAGUACAACUUUGACCUGUGGAACGUGCAAUCUUGCGGUUCUAUAAUCGCCACCGAAUUCGACACAAAUUUCUUCGGAACGGAAAGUGUAAGGGAGAUAAAAGGAUUUGGACUGCGUGAUUGUAUUGAUCAUAUUAUGGAAAUAUUCAAUCAUUCAAAAAUAUUCGAAGUUCAUAUAAAUGGCGUAAUGGGCAUACAGAACUUGAAACGUGUAUGCGAAGCAAUGAAAGGACUGACGGCAAGAAAAAUUUUUCUCAAAAAUUGGACAGACGAAAUUGUGCAAAACGUGAUAUGUAGUAUUCAACACAAAGGUAUAUCAUUCAACAAGAAGCUCAUUUCGAAUUCGUCCUCGCUGAAUCAUGAAAUACUUGUUCGAAACUUUUUUUCAUUUUCUGCAAGCUUUCCGGAGCAUAAUUUUAAUUUGAACGAUCUUUUAAUCAUGAACAGCACCCACCUAAGAAUUAGAAGUUCUCAAUUGGCGUUCGAAGAUUUGAAUAUAUUCCUCAAACAUCUGAAGACUGGAUUGAAUCAAACACUGAUAGGUGCUCAGUUUCUGAAAAUUCCUCAAGGACCAGCUUGGGACGACGUGAAAGUUUUGAUGAACGGUAUCCCUCAUUCACGCUAUCGAAAUAGCAAACUUGUGUCUCAAGACGACAAUUAUCAAAGUGGAGAUUGUUGCAUGAUAAAUCAAGACGAUGAAAGAAGAAUUUCUUUAACCUGGAAGUGGACUCAACAUGAUGGGUCAAUUGAGAUUGCUAUUGUAUGAAAUGAUAUUGUUUGAAAUAAUUGUUAAAUAAAAACGUUUUU